CCGGCUCGGCCUUCCGUACCGCGAGUAUUCGCGCGCGUUCCGCGUUUGGUCAUCGGCGCGCCCCGUCGCGGCGUACGUUGCUACCCUUACCCUGAAACGGACGCACAUCUACUACUGCUGCGCGGCUGCUGCUGGCUGCCGGCAUGGACACGGAAAUGCCGCGAUCCAGGUUUUUGAUUAACGAAACAAUCAAGUAGAUGUAUUAAAUCGUUGUUGCCCAUCAAGCACCAAUUUGUCAUUCUAUACAUUUUGAAAGCUUUCAUACAGAUCUUCCAAACAUUUUCAACUAUGGUCUAUCUUACUUUUUGUAAUUUGAAGGAUGCUGUGGCUCGAAUACAGCCACUGAGUCACCGGCGCGUUAGCAAACUGAAGACACUAGUCAAUGUUACUGGAACGCCAGCCGGCAAAUCAGCAUCAAAGAUUGUUACAAGGAAGUAAGCUCUCGAAAAAACAAAAAUUUUCAUCCCCGUUGGAUUCAAGAAUAUACUAACUUACUUAUCGAGGCCAAAAAUUAAUUUUUUCAUUAAUUAUUUAUAUAAAAUAAAAAAAUAAUAAUUUAUAUAAAAGCUUCAAAUUCAUCGUUUUGCUGGGAAAAUAAUCUUGAUCUGUGAUAGUGUUAUUUUUAUUUAAAUAUCGUAUUUUGAGUAUUAUUACGAUCACUUUUAGUUUUUGAUUUUUUGAAUUUUAUUUUUUAUUUCACUCCGUUAAAGUCAUUAAGAAAAAAAAUAUAUAAAAUGCCUCAAAGUGCGGGCGUACUUACAAGUUUUGUUAUGAUAACUUUAAUACUACUGAUGAGUUCCUUAUACGGAUGUUGGAGUUUGGAUGCGGAUCAACAUGUUGCUUUGUCGCCCACAUGUGAAAGUGAUAUAUACUGCUAUGGGCCAUUACUGCACGUGAUUCAAAUGUCUAGUAUAUUCCCGGAUUCGAAAACAUUUGUGGAUAUGAAAAUGAAACACUCUCCAAAUGAAACUAUGAGCAUAUUUUUGGAAAUGAUGAAGAAAACGGGACAAAGACCGUCUAAAUUAGAAUUGGAGCUUUUCCUAAACGAUACUUUCGAGAGCGAAGGCAGUGAAUUUGAAGCAUGGGACCCGUCAGAUUGGAAGCCUGAACCAAAAUUUAUUAGUGGUAUUAAGGAUCCACAUUUCCAAGAUUGGGCCAGAGGCUUACAUUUGCUGUGGAAGCUCCUGGGUAGGAAAAUAAAAGACGACGUACGCCUGCAUCCUGAUCACUAUUCUAUUAUUUAUGUACCGUAUCCGGUAAUCGUACCUGGUGGUCGGUUCCGUGAAUUCUAUUACUGGGACUCUUACUGGAUCGUUAGAGGCCUGUUGCUUUCCGAAAUGUAUACUACAGUCAAGGGAAUGUUGAGUAACUUCUUAUCGAUCAUUAACACCUAUGGUCAUAUUCCAAACGGAGGUAGGGUUUAUUACGCUAUGCGGUCUCAACCACCAAUGUUAGUGCCGAUGAUGCAGAGUUACAUCGAAGCAACGAAUGACACAAUGUUCCUCAGAGAAAAUGUUGAUAUAUUGGAAAAAGAAUUCAGCUAUUGGAUGCUAAACCAUACAGUUGACAUAGAAAAGGACGGCAAAGUAUAUACGUUGGCCAGGUAUAAAGAUUCGUCUACGGGACCUAGACCCGAAUCCUACAGGGAAGAUAUCAUGAGCGCACAAACAUUCAAGACCGAUAACGACAAAGAAAAUUACUACUCUGAGCUAAAAGCCGCUGCAGAAUCUGGGUGGGAUUUUUCAAGCCGUUGGUUUAUUCUAAAUGGAACCAAUAAAGGUAAUCUGACGAACUUAAAAACGCGGUCGAUCAUCCCGGUGGACUUGAACGCCCUGGUCUAUUGGAACGCAAAGAUACUGAGCCAGUUCUACAAGGACCUGAACGUACCGGACAAGGCACUGAGGUACGAAAACAUCGCCAAAAAGUGGAUCGAAGCAGUGACAGCGGUGCUGUGGCACGAAGAGGUAGGCGCGUGGUUGGAUUACGACAUGUUGAACGAGAUCAAACGCGAUUACUUUUACCCAACAAAUAUAUCGCCGCUGUGGACCGGCUGCUACGACCCAGCCAAGGCCGAGUACUUUGUGUCGCGGACGCUCAAGUAUCUGGAAAAGACACAGAUCAUGAACAACCUGGGUGGCAUUCCUACCACGCUGGAGCACUCGGGCGAGCAAUGGGACUACCCCAACGCGUGGCCCCCGCUCCAGUACAUAAUGGUCAUGUCGCUGGACAGCUCCGGUGACAGCUGGGCCCAAGACUUGGCGUUCGAGAUAGCUGAACGGUGGAUGCGGUCCAACUACAAGGCUUACAACGAGACCAACGCCAUGUACGAAAAGUAUGACGCCACCGUUACUGGAGGACACGGCAGUGGGGGUGAGUACGAGGUACAGUUGGGUUUCGGCUGGACCAACGGUAUAAUCAUGGAGUUCCUGCAAAAAUACGGUUCGCGGGUCACGGCCGAGGACAAGUUCGUCGGUUCGGCGCAGGUCAGUGCGGUCGCGGAAGAGAGCACCGCUAGCAGCAACGACUACAGUACGAAAACUGUAUCGUCAGCGACGCAGGUCAUGACCGCCACACUUGCAAUACUGGCCACGAUAUCGGCCGGAUGUAUAGGGUUCGCGGUUUACAAGAAACGGUACCAGAUGUAUGCGACCGACCGGGCCCUGUGCAAGAAACUGUGCGGUGGUUACACGGAGCUCAAAGACCUGACAAGCGACUAGAACGACUGCCGCCACCGCUGUCCGCCGUUCAUCGUUACCAGUUCCGUUCGCGUACGACCACCACAUACACGCCCAUCAACUCGUCGUGCGUGCGAUGCCGUCUCCGCCGCCAUCGUCCCUUGCCCUUCCCCUGGUUGUCGCCAGUCAGCUACUCAACACACCGUCGCACUAGUCGACGUACACUCUGCCCACCCUUAAUCGUUCCUUCUCAUCCCUACCCCCUUCCCACUACCUCAAUUUCAUUGCUAACCGCUGUGACGUGCUUUCGAAGAGUACCACCGUCUAUACGCUGUUCACUACGACGUACCGAUGAUGGUGUUCGCGCGGUCGACGUACCUAUUAGCUAUAAUAUUGUUAUUUCCGUCUUCGAUGUUAGGUUAUGUAUUAUUUUUGUAUUAUCAUGUUUACCGUAUACAGCGACGACGUAGUGUUUCGAUUCGCGGUCGCGACGUAUACAGUAGUCAUAUUCGGUUUGGAAAGUAUUUUAUCGUUUUUUUCGCAAUCGAUUUCAAAACCCCACGGACUCGGCCAAUCUCGAACGUUGUUUUCACACCAUUGGUACUGCACUGCCGUGAUAGUUACCGCGCAAACGGCCUGCCCUUUGAAACCGGCUGCCAGUCGUUUUCGAAGACCGUUCCGCGGUAAAUAUAUUUUCCAGACUUGUGAUGUACCCAACGAUACGAGUACUUUAUAUUUCACUGUGUAUUUACUAUACUUAGUAUAUUAUAGCGACGAUGAUACAUGUGUUACGUAACCGUAAAUUUAGUUUUUCCUAUGCGCUGCCCUCGUGUACGCCGAAACGACGACUGCAACGAUUUCCUGUUCAGCCGUUAGGUUAGGUGUUUACGCAGAUGGAUACGAUGUCGUAUUAUUUAUUUGAUUAAACGAUUCAUUUAUCAUGUA